UUCCAUGCCGAGACUGCCAUGAGAUUCGUCUGAUUUGUUGACAUGUUUUCAUGAGUAUCGAUCUCCACGUGUGCGGAUUUACUGAUAUUAUUCUACUUUUAUUGAUAAUCCGUUCAUUUGAUCGGUCUGUGCUUUCUAUACGCGUAGUUCAGCAUGAAGAUAAAGCGGCAGAAACACGCGAAGAAGACCAUCAGUUUCUAUAAGUAUAACUUCUCCUUUAGGGAACCUUUCCAGAUAUUAAUCGACGGCACGUUUUGUCAAGCGGCGUUAAAGAAUAAGAUUCAAAUCAAAGAGCAGCUGCCGAAAUACCUGAUGGGGGAGAUUCAGCUCUGCACCACAAACUGCGCGCUGAAGGAACUGGAAAGCCUUGCAAAAGACCUCUAUGGAGCAAAACUGAUCUUACAGAGAUUUCAGAUCAGGAAAUGCAAACACAUGAAGGAUCCGGUGCCUGCGUCCGAGUGUUUGUUAUCAAUGCUUGCAGAGACAAAUCCACACCAUUACUUCAUUGCAACCCAGGAUCAGCAGCUGACGACGGCGCUGAAAAAGAUCCCUGGCGUUCCUCUGCUCUACAUUAUCCUUAACACCAUGGUUUUGGACAAACCGUCUGAGCGAACGCUGAAACAUGUUGAAGCGAUUCAGCUGGGUGAAAUCGUGAAUCCAGCUCAGCAGAAGAGUUUACAGAGUCUGAAGGAGAAAGAAGGAAUCAGCGGAGAUGCAGAGAAGAGAGGCAGAAAACGCAAGAGGAAACAGAGCCAUCCAAACCCGCUGAGCUGCCUGAAGAAGAAGAAGAAAGUGACGCCGCAGGAGCCCAAAAACCCAGACGGAAAGAAGAAGAGGAAGAGAAGCAGACACAGAAAGCACAGGCCUGCUGGAGGAGAGCAGACAGAGGUCAAAUCAUAAACCUCAGGAGGACAGUGUUUGAUUUAUUGAAAAGACUGAUGGUUUUCCUGAAUUUGCAUAUGUGCCAGCAAUCCACUUGUUUUGACUAAUAAACAAGCGUUUCUUUAUUACCAA